CGGUGAAUCAUCCUCCAGCCAAAACACACGUGUUUUUAUCAAUAAAACCACCAUCGCUCCAACUUCCUCCCCACAUUCGUAAUUCGCAUGCACAUUGCAUCGCAUGUAGUAGUUCAAGUUUAUUUACUGUGUAAAGAUCUGGUCCCUCAAAUUAAGUACAAAUUUCCAAUAAAAAUGGCGAUUCUAUCCAUUUUCGGAUUCCUUGUCGACCCCACCGACUCGUAUGGAUCUCCACUACAUAGGAAAUUUUCCCAACAUUUCGUCACCUUUAUAACCACUGCGGUUUCCCUCGUCACUCCCACAGCGUUCCUUUUCCUCACAUAUUUCGCACUAUGUACCACAAUUUGGCACACUUUUCCCUUAUCAUCAACUAUCUUGACAGUAGUGCUCGUGUUGUAUUCACUUCUCGAAGUCGUGUUCUUUUUGUAUUGUUACCUUUUGCGAAGACGGUUUAAUCAAGUGACCUCGUUCCCUUAUCUGGAUCAAGAUAAGCGCCACCGAUACCUUGACCUUGUUAUGCAGCAUUGUGCCAAUCCGUGGGUCUCGUUGUCGCGAUGGUUUUACAAGCAUGACGCCACGACCGUGUCGACGUCUUGGAUGAGGGAGUGGAUCGCGUGGGCGUUCUUUUCCAAGGACGGGGACGACCUGACGAGUACAGAGCAGGGACAACUGGACGAGUUGGUGGAUAAAAUCUUGGACAGAUUUCCACCCCCGGGGGACAAAAGAGAGGACAAGGAGGAGGAAAGAGAUGAAAAUGAAGAGCUGAAUUUCAUGCGGUUACAUUUCGAUGAGAUGGUGGUACAGCAGAAGCCAUUCAUUGCGUAUUUGGUAAUUUCCAUCAUGCAAUUUGGCGGAUCAUGUUUCCUCACCAAGGCCGGAUUCACGCACCACGCCCUCUACACACCCACCGGAUCCACCUCCACGCUCUCCUACUGGGCCUACAACCCCUCCACCCCCACCCACGGACCAGCCCCCACACCAAUCUUCCUCAUCCCCGGGAUCGGAAUCGGGGUCACGAUGUACAUCAACAUCGUCAAAGCCAUGCUCACCACGAACAAGCCCAUCUACAUUUUAAACCUGCCCCACAUUUCGCUCAAACUGGUCACCUCCGUCCCCUCCAUGGACGACACUUUGUUCGCCAUCGAUCAAAUCUAUUCUCGCCAUAAACUCCCCGCCUGCACUUAUCUGGCCCACUCGUACGGGUCAAUCGUGACCACGUGGGUGCUCAAGAAUCGACCCCCAACCUACAUUUCGUCCAUCGUCUUUGUCGACCCCGUCUGCUUCUCGUUGUGGGAACCGGACCUCAUUUACAACUUUUUGUACAGGACGGCUGACUCGCCGAUUCGACGUGUCGCGCAAUACUUCGUGGCGCAAGACUUGCUCGUGGCGUAUACGCUUUUUCGACGGUUUUGGUGGCUGGAAAACGUCCUCUUUCCCGAAGAUGUCAACGUCCCGAUGCAAGUUUACUUGUCCAGUCAUGAUUUCAUUAUUGAUGCCGGCUCGACGUUAGAAUAUUUGAGGGGGAGGGGAGCCCAGGGGAAUAAUAAUGCAGGGGGGAGUAGUGGCGGUGAAAUUAAUGUGGUGGAAAUGAAGGGUUUGUCACAUGGAAGUUUUCUCAAUUCCAAAAAGUAUACGAGAGAAAUACUGAAUUAUUUGUGAUUUAGGGGGAUAUUUAAUGUAAGAAAUGUUUUUGCACUGAUAUAAUAUUUAAAGGAAUGCUUUAAAUAAAUUAUUUUUGUAUUGUAAUGCAGUGAUUGAAGUUUGUUGGGUAAUAAGUCAUAGAACAAGAUAUAUAUUAUACUGUUUAUGACAAGCAAAUGUUGAGUGUGUAUGUAAAUAAAUAUUAUAUAAUAAUCGUUUAAAAAA